AUGACCUCCUGCCCAUGGGCGUUUGAGCCAUUUUCUGAAACAGCCCUUCUCAGGACGUUGAAUAAUUUGAAGUCAGAAGUUCGUCAGAAGGCUCUUUCGGAUCCGAGAGUUUCUGGAGUUAACGACACAUACAUCUUGAGUUUGAUGAGAAAUGAAAGUAAUUCGUGUAUGUGUCCGAUGAUUGAUGAUUACAUAAGAGGAACUUAUAACAUUGGAUUACAUUGUGAAGAAUUUCCAUUUGUUCAUCCAUUAUGGAUUCAAAUAUUUUAUAUUCUGCUGUUCGCCAUAACGAUCCUGUUGGCUCUGGUUGGAAACUUUACUGUUAUGUGGAUAGUAUUGAGACAUCGAUCGAUGAGAACAAUUACAAACUAUUUUCUUCUCAAUUUGGCUAUCGCUGAUGCUUCGAUUUCCAUAUUUAACACUGGAUUCUCAUGGACGUAUAACUUUUAUUAUCAAUGGAUAUUUGGUUUAUACUACUGUCGAGUCAACAACCUGAUGGGUAUAACUCCCAUAUGUGCCAGCGUUUUUACAAUGAUUGCCAUGAGUAUUGAUCGAUACUGGGCAAUUGUACAUCCACUGCGUCCUCGCAUGAGCAGAAGAGCCACUGGAGCAACAAUUUGGGCUGUAUGGUUUUUGGCGAUUUUGUGUGGCCUUCCUUCAUAUUUUUUCUCCAAAAUCGAAAGACAAUACUUCUACAACGGCGAAACUUUGUAUGAGCACAUAGUAUGUAUGUCUGACAACUAUCCUGUUGAAUACCCGUGGGGUAAACUCUAUACUUCCGGAUUAGUUAUUGUUCAGUACUUUAUACCUCUUCUCAUAUUGGCUUGUGCUUAUUUUCGAGUAGGUACUGUUCUCAGGAAGAGUAAAUGUGUUGGAGACUCACAACAUGCGAAGUCUAUUGCAGCAAAACGAAGAGCUUCCGUGAUGUUAGGUCUUGUCGUAUUCAUUUUCAUGGUCGUUUGGUUCCCCUACAAUACUUACUUUGUCCUAGCUGAUUUCCUGCCCAAACCGGAAGAUCAUACUACACAGCUCUAUAUUUAUAUCAAUAUAUAUUGGCUUGGCAUGUCAUCAACUGUUUUCAAUCCUGUGAUUUAUUACUUCAUGAACAAGAGGUUUCGAGUCGGUUUCCGAUAUGCAUUCCGUUGGCUUCCUCGUGUUCGAUCAAGCCGAGGUGAUUAUUUGGCGAUAUUGUCUAGUAAUGCCCGACCGUCUCUCCUGCCUUCUCACACAGCUGCAACAGAGUUUUGA